CCAAAGGCUCUGGCAAUCUUUCACCUAGCAAACUUCAACAAGAAUGGCCAAUUUGGGGCCGUCACGGUCAUACUCUACUAGUAGUCAACGGACAGACCAUCGGUACCUGUCUCAAUCCUCACGACCGUUGUGUUUUAUGUGCAACAUGGAGUUGGACUUGCACGUUCCUCUUGGGGAGCCUGGCUCUACCGAGUUGGUGUGUCCAGUCAUUGUGCAGGCCGCUGCCCUACCCGAUCACCACGGUCCCUACGCUGUCGAGAACCUGUCCGAGUCCGAACAUUCUCGUGCCACAUCAAAAGGCCAAAGCCGUCAUACCACAAAAGCCUCAUCCAGCGGCAGUCGAACCUCCGGCACACUCCACAGACGAAGUCGCGUCCCUUCAGUCAAGGGCGGCCACAGCGGCUCCAGAUCAAAGCGAGAAGGCAAAGGCCAUUCGACUCUGGCGACGUCCAGUUCACAUCACAAUGAUGGCUUUGCACAAGGCUUCACCGACCAAGUGAUGGUCAGCCCUAUCCUUGAACAAACACCUUUAACGGAGCAAGAUGCCCGUAGGUACUCGCAGGCAUUGUCGAUGCAAUCGUUCAUGCUUGAAGAGACAUGGAACUCUAGGCACGGGUGAGAAUGUGCCAAGAUGUCGAUGGUGACAUACAA